CAGCCCAGGCCAUGGUGGGGUCCAGAGAGGCUUUGGAACUCCAUGUCCUGUUCUGUUGCUUGUGUGGAGGUCUUGCAAACCUCAAGUGCUGGGGACACGUCUGGGUCGAGCCGGCGCCGGUGGUGCAGAUGGGCUCCAACAUCUCCAUCAACUGCCUCUCCACCUUCGGCUGCUCCCGGGCUGAGUUCCACAUCCUGCUCAACACCAGCCUCGCCGAAGGGCCCCUGCACCCUAUCAACGGCAGCGCUGUCCAGCUCCGCCUGCCUGACUACCGGGCGCCCUUCGGGACCGUCCUCUGCCUCGCCCGCUGCGCCAACAGCGACAGGCGGCACCUGGUGUGCGGCGCCACCAUCCUGGCCGGCUACCCUCCAGACCCGCCCAGCAACCUGAGCUGCACCAUCCGUGAGGACUCUGACUCCCUGGGGUGCGCCUGGGACGUGGGGCGGCCGACGGAGCUGCUCACCAACUACACCCUCCACCUGCGUGGGAUGGUGAUGGUGGCAGAGGAUGCUGAGAAGGAUGAGGAGGAGGAGAAGGUCUUCACUGCAGGCUCACCAGUGCCGCUGAGAGCGUUGCACGGCAGGACACACUACUUGGCAUGGGUGCAGGCCAGCAAUGCCUUGGGUGCUGCUCGCUCAACCCCUCAGCACCUCGACAUGCAGCAGCUUGUGGUGCCCACUCUGCCCUUGGCCAUUGGUGCUGAGACAAUGGAGACAUCACCUCCCAGCACCACCAUCCACUGGAGAAGGCAGACACGGCUGGAGAACGUGCACUGCGAGGAGCGACACAAGGCCACGGGCACCCUGGCAUGGCAUGUGGAGGUGUGGGAUGGUGAGGAGCAGCACAGGAGCCGCUCGUGGCACAGCCUCCAGAGUAACACCCAGUACGUGUUCCAGGUCAGGUGCCGGCUCAGCCCCACCGACGGCCCCUGGAGCUCCUGGGGCACCCCCUUCCUCUACACCACCCCCGAGGCUGCCCCCACCAAGGCUCCUGACACCUGGCGGCGCCUGGGCCCGGCGUUACCCAAUGGCAGCCAGGACGUGACCGUCUUGAUCAAGCCCCUGGCACCCCAAGAUGCCCGUGGGAGGAUCUUGGGCUACGCCGUGACCACCAAGACCACCAAGGGAUCACUGCUCCUCUGCAACACCUCCAGCACAGCAUGCAGGGUCCUGCUGCCACCAGGAGCCCACACCCUCCACAUCACUGCUCACAACUCUAAGGGGGCUUCCAGCCCUGCCACCAUCGCCUUCGGGCAGGGCACCAACAGCCAGGAAGAGUUCCCAGCACCACUGGCUGUGGAGGUCAAGCCUGAGAACCAGAGCAGGACCUUGGUCACCUGGCAGCAGCCACAGCACAGCAGGAGGUCCCCACUCUGGUUCAUAGUGGAGUGGGUUUCCACCACCCAAUACAGCCAGGAGGAGCAAUACUUCUGGAAGAAAGUUCCACACCAGGAAACACACACCUACAUCCAAGAAGGUACAGCAGCAGGAGGUCACCUCAAUGUGUCUGUGUAUGCAGUCUACCCUGAUGGAGUCAGCAAACCAAGCUCUGGCCAAGUUCCUUCAGAAGACCACCUCCUGAGCACCAGCUACAGCGAGAUCUCCCACGAUGAUGAGAUUGGUGUUUUCUUGGGCCUGGGCAUCAGCAUGGUCAUGUUGUCCUCGGGUUUUGCUGUUCUGAUGUUUAAAAAAUCAGCCAGAAAAAGAGUUAAAGCCACCAUUGUGCCUCUCUUGCCAAAAUGGCUCUUUGAAGACUUUCCCCACAUGGAAAACAGCAGCGUGGUGAAGUCACUCCAGGCAAAGAGUGAUGUCAUGGAUAGCAGCUUCCACGAGGCGUUCUUGGACAUCAGUGACCCCACAGUUACAGAGGUCGAGGAGGUCCCAGAGCACAAGCAGCACAAGACCAGGACCAUCAGAAGGAAGCCCAGCGGAGAGCUGCCUAAGGACGAGGAGCCCCCAGAGAGCACAGCGCUGGCCAGCACCGCCGUACCUGAGCAGAUCAGUGACUACAAACCUCAGGUGUCCGAGGCCAGCCCAGUGGGCUACAUCGCUGCCAACUUUUACCAAGCACAGCCCCAAGCAGCCCUCCCAGAGCCAGAGGUGAGUGUCUUCUUCAGAGACUACACCAGCCCCUUGCCUCACCUGUGGGGUGGAGAGGGAGGGGACCACCACCUCUGUCUGCUGAAGAAUGUCAACCUCGUCCUAAACAGCAGCCAGAGUGGGCAAAGCCAGAUGUUCAUCCCAGCUGUGCUGGGGCAUGGCUCCCUGGUGGAGAACCAGUGGGCUCAGGCAUUAGCCAUGGACGUGCAAGAGCAGACAUUGGUUCCUGAAGAGCUGCUGUCCUGCCUGAGAGCCAGGAGCGGGCAGGCAAUGACGACCAGGAGCUGCUUUCCCCAAAGCACUGGAAGCCUAUUUUGA